CACUUUAUUUACAAAUGAAUUUCGAUCAAAAUGUGAUGAAAGUUUAAAGUUAUUUUUGUAAUUUUAUUUGUAUUUAAACCAAUUAUUGCGCCGGAUUUAGCAAUGAAACAUGCGAGGGAAAUAGUUACCUUAUUAAUCGCAUUUACAGCGUUUUUCGGUGACUAUGUUGUGUUUCAAUCAAAAUUGUCCAAUUCAAAACUGUUGAAAGCUUUAGCAGACAGUGCUGUUCACGGCAUUUUGGGCUGUUUAUCAGCAUUAGCCUUCCUCAGCAACGAUACUAACUAUUCCACACAGACGCUGAUGUACAAUGUUAUGUUCUGCACACUCAUUUCCUGUCUCAUUGAUGUUGAUCAUAUUUUUGUAGCCAAAUCCUUUUCACUUCAGGACUUAACAAACACCAAAUCACGAGGUUUCCUUCACUGCACUUCGCUCUGGCUGUUUGUGACUAUUUCCCUACUCACAUACAGUUACAUUACGAAAAAAGUCAACAUAUUCUCUAUGACCUGGAUGCUAAUACUUGCAUUCUCUAGUCAUCACAUCCGGGACGGCAACCGAAGAGGGCUAUGGAUGUACCCAUUUGGACACACUCCACCGAUACCGAAGUAUCUUUACAUAGGAUUGACUAUGUUCCUACCGCAUCUUCUUGCCGUCAUAUACAGGGUGACAAAGCCAACGAGACACACCGUGUUGGACUACAGUGAUGUGGUUACAUUAAUUUAAGGAUGGGUGGAGUUGUUCUAAACAACUUUACUCUCAAUACAAAAAAACUGUUUUAUCAAAUCAGCCAUAAUAUGAAAAGAAACUUUUUCAUUUAAUUUUCUAGCUAAAGGCAGGCACGAAUGGCAAUAUCUAGUUGUAUAUUUUACUGUUUAUAGAUAUUAAGACAAACUCAAUUUUAUUUACCUAUUAAAACCUAAACAAAUUGUAAUUAAUACUUACAUUAACAUCACAAUAAUUAAAACAUAGUUUUUUACCUGAAUUGUUGCAAUCCAAUAAAUGUGUUGUGAAUUUGUCUCCUAUCAGCCUAUGGAACCUAUCACUCUGCCCCUCCACCCAAGUUUUAUAGUGAUUGAUUUUGUAGGUACAUAAUUAUGGUCCUUUUUUAUUUUACCAAUAUAGCUAGAUGUGAAGUUGUAUUGUGUGAUACAUGACUUGUUAUUAUGAUUAUUUCUACCUUAACUUUAC